GUCGAGAAAUAUUGACUAAAUUUUUAUUUCACAUUAAGAAUUCUUACUAGCACACUUAUGAAGAGUAUUUUAAACAUGCUGUAAUUUCAUCUAAUAUAAAUAUUAAUUAUCAUUUGCAACAGAAAAAUUAUAUUUUUGUUAUUUAACUAAUAUUAAUUUAAAAAAAGGGGGAGCCUCAUAAGUUCCAAUUAUCAAUAAGUUAAAAUUUGACAAUUGAUGCGUUUUUUUUCACUCGCACAGUUGUCUCAAUCAUUUUCUUUCACUCAUUAUUUGCCAUUGAAAACAUGCAGGGCUGUCAGACUUUUACUUGGCAUUUAACUUGAAACCGGUUGAAAUUUCGUGAAAUCUCUCGCUCCGCAAAGAGGAAAACGAGAGACAAAAUUGUUUUGUGCGGCGACGGAGAAAAAAGUGAAGAUUCUCUCUCGUGCCUUCUUAUUUUUCGUUAAUUGGCGCCUGAGAUAAGACGAGGAGGACACGGAGGCAGUGCUCGGCGCGAGCUGCUUUAUCAGCCCAUAAAUUGCCUCAAUUUAAUUUAUUGUUUCCCACGGCGGGCUUUUAUCAACGCACACAAACACGCAUCUUCUCUCACUAAUUCCCGAUUGGUCUGCACAAAUUUCAUUGACCCUCGGCCACAAAUUUUCUGCCAAUUAACGCCUUUUAUGGCUUCUUCAUAGCUUUUUUACAGCAGAUUUGCAGAAAGAAAGAGAUAAGACCGAAAAAUAUGAUUAAUAUAUUUUUUUAUCACACGUGCGAAUAUUAUUUUCUCUUCAUAUCGUUUUACAGAGAGUCAUGGGAUUUUAUUGCUUUGGGAUCUGGUGAAGUCCGGAUAAAUAAUAACAACACUUUAGAAAUUCAAUGUCACACAAACUUUUACAAACGAAUGCCAGCCAGCGUUAUCAACGGGAAACUUUUACGGCAUCUUCUAGGAAACUCGGGGCAAUAAAAAUGCCUGGAAAAGAAAAUAAAUAUCAAGCACAAAUUCGGCAACUAUUUUCUCAAAUAUUUUAUAAUUUUUAUCUCUUGAAUAAUGGUUAUUAAUGCAAAAGUCAUAAAAAUUGGCUCUUGAAUAUUUCGCACUGGCCAAAGGUGUUGAGGAUCCAAAAGUCAUUCCAUCCGAUGGCCUUGGACCACAAACAACUAUAAAUGGGCUCCAUAUCCAGCUGUCGGGCAAUAAAUCAGCUCAACACUUUGGAAGAUUUUUUGCAUCGUCCUAUCUGCUGUUUAUAAAUUAAUUAAUGAUCCGCAACACUUCGACGCUGACGCCUCGUGGCGUGACCCCCUCUCGAGCGUGGUUUUCCCGCGCGCUUCAGGGUGCGCCCUUUGCUGGUGUGCUCCGCACGUGGUGCUCAUCUUCGGCAGCCAGAGGAGAGGGCCUGGAUUUGCAUGCAUGGAGGGGCGGAGGCGGAGGGGGGCCUGCCCGACCGCCAGAUGGGCCUCCAGUCGUCGACAGCCUGCCCUCCGGAUCGGGCCUCAUGACCUCCGGAGGCCUGCUCUUGUUGCUGCUGGCGCUCGCCGGGGCCGCGCCACAACCCCCAGAGGUUUCACCGUCAGGGCCGAAUGUGUGCCGCAGCCGAUCGCAGAGCCACUGCUGCCCGGGAUGGUCCCAGAGGCCAACUACGGGACAGUGCAUUGUCCCAAUUUGUACAAGGUCCUGCGGGCGAAGUGGGCGCUGCAUCAAGCCCAAUGUUUGCAUGUGCGAAGGUGGUCAGCUCGCCACCUCUUGCAACGGCCACCACCAUCAAAACGGAGGUCAUUACAACGGAAACCAGCUCAGCUAUAACCUACCGCAAUUCCAAGCGGGCACGAAGAACGAGCAGCUGAGCGCCGUGUACCAGAAUGGUCGACGGGACAAUGGCGAGGGCUGCGCCUACCCCUGUCUCAACGGAGGCACCUGUUCCAAAGGGCGAUGCAUUUGUAGACUAGGAUAUGUAGGCGAAUACUGCGGAGAACCGGUUUGCAGAGAGCCAUGUCUGAACGGGGGUCGUUGCAUCGGGCCGGACCGGUGUGCCUGCGUGUACGGAUACACGGGGCGGCGGUGCGAGGCGGACUACCGGACGGGGCCGUGCUUCAUGCGCAUCCGCAACGAUAUGUGCCAGGGGCAGUUGCCGGGGGUGGUUUGCACCAAGCAACUGUGCUGCGCGACCGUGGGCCGCGCGUGGGGCCACCCGUGCGAGCACUGUCCGGACCAGCUCGAUUGCGACCACGGCUUCCUCAAGAACGUGCACUCGGGCCAGUGCGUGGACAUCGACGAGUGCGAGGCGAUCCCGUCGCUGUGCGGCAACGGCGGCAAGUGCGUCAACAACAUCGGCUCCUUCACCUGCGAGUGUCCCGAAGGCCUCGCCCGCAACCCCGACAACAACAACUGCGAAGACCUCAACGAGUGCGACGACGCCAGCACCUGUCAGGACGGACGCUGCUACAACACCGACGGCUCCUUCUACUGCAUCUGCAACCCUGGAUUUAUCCCAGCUCAAGACAGGAAAAGCUGCAUAGAUGCUCGUCAGGGUAGCUGUUACACGUCCCUGAGGCACAGCCAGUGCAAGAACAGACUGUCGAUGCGCUUGAGCAAGAAGGACUGCUGCUGCGGAAUGAACAUGGGCAAGGGUUGGGGCGAGGACUGCGAGACGUGCCCUUUCAACGGCACCAACGCGCACACCAGGCUGUGUGGAGCGGAAGGGCCGGCGGUGAACGAGUGCGUCCUCAGGCCCAACAUCUGUGGCCAGGGCUCCUGUGUCGAUACGGACGAGGGCUACAGGUGUGAGUGCCACCCAGGAUUCACACUCAAGAACGGCGUUUGCGAAGAUGUUGAUGAGUGCAACGAACUUCAAUACUGCCAGGGUGGUCGUUGCAUCAACACGGUGGGCAGCUACACUUGCAAGUGCAACCCUGGGUUCGACGUUUCGGCCGACGGGCGAAUCUGCACGGACCACGAUGAGUGCGCCGAACGCGGCAUGUGCGCCAACGGGCGGUGCACCAACAUGAACGGGUCAUUCAAGUGCCACUGCAACGCCGGAUUCGUGUUGUCGGCCGCGGGCCACGCGUGCGUCGACGUGGACGAAUGUUAUGAAAACCCGCGGAUCUGCCUGAACGGCCGCUGCGAAAACACGGCCGGCGGCUACUCGUGCAAGUGCAGUUCGGGAUUCGCGCUGUCGCCGGACGGAACGCACUGCGCCGACACGGACGAAUGUUCCGAGAAUGGCAUGUGCGCCAACGGCCGCUGCGUCAACAUGGACGGCAGUUACAAGUGCGUGUGCGACGCCGGCUUCAAGCUGAGCCGCGACGGCUCCCGCUGCGAAGACCACGACGAGUGUCUUUCCAGCCCGUGCCAGAACGGCCGCUGCCUCAACACGCCCGGCUCGUUCCGGUGCGAAUGUUCGCCCGGAUUCAACCUCGGCCUGGACGGUCGUUCCUGCCUUGACACGCGACGUGACCUCUGCUACUCGACCUACAGGGACGGUGUCUGUUCCAAUCCGUCUUCGGUCCCGGUGCCCAAGUCCAGCUGUUGUUGUUGCACCGUCGUUUUGGGUCAGCCCAUGGGUUGGGGCACUUUGUGCACGGCCUGUCCGCAACCGGGCACCGAGGAGUUUGAAUCGCUGUGUCCGUUUGGUCCUGGACUUACUUACAACGGAAAAGAUAUCAACGAAUGCGCCCAAAAUCCAAACAUCUGCGGCAACGGUGCGUGCGAAAAUCUGAAUGGCACGUACCGUUGUCACUGCAACCCCGGUUACGAGCCGGACGCAUCUGGCAAGAAGUGCGUGGACGUGGACGAAUGCAGUUUGCCCGAAAUGUGCAGCGGCGGCCAGUGCAAGAACACCAACGGCAGCAUGCAGUGCAUUUGUCCGACGGGCAUGAAGCUCAGUCAGGUGACGCACGCUUGCGAAGACAUUGACGAGUGCCGCGAAAUCGCCGACGCUUGCGUAAACGGCGCUUGCGUCAACCUGAUCGGUUCGUUCCGCUGUGACUGCGACCUCAACUCUGUGCUGGACAAUACUGGUCGCAUAUGCAUCGACAACAGGCGCGGUUCCUGCUGGACGAAAAUCGUCAACGGGCAGUGCGAGAACAACUUGGCGCGUGCGACGUUGCGGUCCGAGUGUUGCUGCACCGUGGGUCUGGCGUGGGGCAGCCCUUGCGAGACUUGCGACACGGAGAUGUGCGACUGUCAGCGGGGCUACGCAAAGCUGGACGGCAAGACGUGCGUGGACGUGAACGAGUGCGAGUUGGAGCCUGGCAUCUGCAAGGGCGGCGGCUCGUGCGUCAACACGGAGGGCUCGUUCGUGUGCGAGUGUCCGUCAGGGUUGACCCUGGACUCGAGCAAGCGGCGGUGCAUCGAUCGCAGGGAGGAGCCGUGUUUCCUCGAGUACCACCACGGCACCUGCGGCCGCCAACUCGACGGGCUGUUCAACAAGAACAAGUGUUGUUGUUCGGUGGGCAGGGCGUGGGGCAGCACCUGCGAGGCGUGCCCUCGCCAGGGCACCCAGGCCUACCUCGACCUGUGCCCCAAAGGGCCUGGCUUCGAAGACCGACGCGACAUCAACGAGUGCCUGCUGCCGGGAAUGUGCGAUAAUGGGCGAUGCAGGAAUACGAUUGGGUCAUUCAACUGCAGGUGCAACCAGGGCUUUGCAAUAGAUGAGAAUGGAGUCAAGUGUUUAGACAUUGACGAGUGCAGCAUUAUGCAUGGCGUUUGUGGAAACGGGACGUGUCGCAACACCCCUGGCAACUUCAAGUGUGACUGUUUCGAUGGCUUCGAGAGCACUGCCAUGAUGCAGGUUUGCAUGGACAUUGACGAGUGUGAGAAACGACCCAAUCUUUGCAGGGGAGGCACUUGCAAAAACACGCCAGGUAGUUUUGAGUGCGUUUGUCCUGCUGGACACGAACUCGCCCCUGACAAACUUUCCUGCAAAGAUAUUGACGAGUGUUCGCGGACGAGUGGAAUUUGCUCCAACGGCGUGUGUGAAAACAUGAUGGGAACUUAUCAGUGCAUUUGCAAUGAUGGAUACAAACAAACCGGGCUGAAAUCGCAUUGUGAAGAUGUUGAUGAAUGUGACGUCAACAAUGGGGGUUGUCAGGACAGAUGUAUCAACACUCUGGGAAGCUUUUCUUGUGCCUGUGGGGAUGGCUUUGCCCUUUCUCCGGAUGGAAGGACUUGCGUGGACGUUGACGAGUGUCGCGAAAACGCACGCAUCUGCAACGGUGGUCUGUGCACCAACUCGAUCGGCAGCUACAGGUGCACAUGCACCGACGGGCUGUUGGCGAAUCCGGACGGUUCUUCUUGCUCGGACGUGGACGAGUGCAGUUUGCAGCCGGGAAUCUGCCAGAGCGGCGAUUGCGAGAACACGAUGGGCUCUUACGCCUGCCGCUGCCAGGAGGGAUACUCGGUCAAGCCCAACGAGGUGGGCUGCACCGACGAGGACGAGUGUCUCCUUGGGUACAACGACUGUGACGAGAAUGCAGACUGCACCAACUCAAUGGGCUCUUACGAGUGCAAGUGCCGCGACGGCUUCACCGGCAACGGUUUCGCCUGCCGGGACAUCAACGAGUGUCUGGUCAACAACGGCGGCUGCGACGCGAACGCGCAGUGCAUCAACACCGAGGGCUCCUUCAAGUGCGUGUGUGACGAGGGUUUUCGAGGGACAGGCUUCUCUUGUCAAGACGUGGACGAAUGCUCGGAGGACCCAAGUCUUUGCGAGAACGGCCAGUGUCUCAACUUCCCCGGCACGUACCGCUGCGACUGCGACAUGGGGUUUAUGAAUCCCGAGCACGGCAACGAGCAAAUGUGCAUCGACAUCAACGAGUGCAGCAUGUUCAACAACCUGUGCGUCUACGGCCAGUGCGUCAACUUUGUCGGCAUGUUCCGCUGCGAGUGCAACGAAGGGUACCAGGUGGACAGCAGCGGUGGCAACUGCACAGACAGGAACGAGUGCGAGUCUCCUCAGGCCUGCCUUUACGGCACUUGCGUUAACACAGACGGCAGUUUUGAGUGCCACUGUCCACCUAACCACGAGUUGAUUGAAGCCGGAAAUGGUUGUGUGGACAGGCGGGAGUCUCAGUGUUUCCUCGACGUUGAGUCUGGACCCGGGGGCCGCAACCGCUGCUCCAUGCCCUUGGGCAAACCGGUGAGCAGAGCGACUUGCUGCUGCUCCAGCGUGGGCAAGGCUUGGGGUCCGAGGUGCGAAAACUGUCCUGCUCCGGACAGUGAAGAGUUCAGAAACUUGUGUCCUGGUGGUAUUGGAUACAAACCGAACCUCGACACAGUUGUCUUGGAAGAUAUCAACGAGUGCACAGAGAUGGAGAAACUGUGUGGAAACGGACAUUGCACAAAUACCUUCGGAGGCUUCAUGUGUUCAUGUGGAGACGGAUAUCGCUUGGAGCAUGAUGGAAGCAUGUGCGUUGAUGUAAAUGAAUGUUCUGAGAACGGAUUGAUAUGCGGCGUGGGUCACUGCGAAAACGAAGUGGGUUCGUACCGAUGCGAGUGCCCCGACGGCUACAUGCUCUUGCCAAGCGGAAAGGAGUGCGUGGACAUGCGAAAGGAGCAGUGUUACAUGUCGUACGCGAAUGGCCAGUGCACCAAACCCAUGACCCAGGAGGUGACGCAGAAGGUGUGUUGCUGUUCAAUGGGCCAGGCGUGGGGCAACCCUUGCCAGGCGUGUCCCUACCAGAGCUCGCGGGACUACAUGCUGCUCUGUGGACUCUUGCCAGGGCACAUUGUCGACCCGUUGACCAACAAGUCGGUGCCCAUUGACAUGUGCGGCCUCAUGAACAACAUGUGCCAGCAUGGCACUUGCGUCAACACGCCAGGCAGCAUGGAGUGCGAUUGUGACAGGGGCUGGAUUUACGAUGAGAAUGCGCAUCAGUGUAUAGAUGAAAAUGAAUGCAAUCGUAAUCCCAGCCCAUGCAGAGGAAAUGCAGAGUGCGUCAACUCGCCAGGCAGCUUCCAUUGUCAGUGCCCUCAGGGCUACAGAUUGAGCAUUAAUGAAAGAGACUGUGUUGAUGUGGACGAGUGCAGAGAAAGGACAGACGUUUGCCAAAACGGCGACUGCACAAAUUACCAAGGCUCCUUCCAAUGUGUCUGCUAUCCUGGUUACACUUUGACGCCGAACAGAAACUCCUGUGUGGACAUCGAUGAGUGCCAAAGACAAGCGACCAUCUGCAACAAUGGCAACUGCAGCAACACUGUUGGCAGCUACACCUGCAAGUGCAAUGCAGGGUUCAAACUGGGCACAGAAAAUAUCUGUGAAGAUAUUGACGAGUGCAGAAAUCACCCUUACUUGUGUCGAAAUGGUCGCUGUAAAAACACGAUUGGCUCGUUUACUUGUGAAUGUGCUGACGGAUAUACACUAAGUGCUGAUGGACAGUACUGCAGAGACAUCGACGAAUGUGUUGAGAUUCCAGGCACUUGUCCAUCUCCAGGCAAAUGUCAGAACAUCAUGGGCCACUAUGUCUGCCAAUGUCCGCCUGGUUUUGAGUUAGCUCCGGAUAAGAACACCUGCAUUGAUGUGGACGAGUGCAGGGCCAAUCUAGGAAUCUGCGACGGCGGCCGCUGCAUCAACCUGUCAGGAGAAUUCAAGUGUGAGUGUCCAGAGGGCUUCGAGUUGAGUCCUAAUGGAAUGCGGUGCGUGGACACCAGAGUGGAGGGUUGCUUUGAUUCCUACAGGAGGGGCCAGUGCAGCAAAAAGAGGGACAAAGCGCUAACAAGACUGCAGUGCUGCUGCACAAUGGGCAAAGCGUGGGGAAGGUUCUGCCAAGAGUGUCCUCAGCCUGGCUCUGCGGAAUUUGACUCAUUGUGUCCGGGAGGUCCAGGAAGAGGACCUUUUGGAGACGAUUUGAAUGAGUGCAUCCACAUUACAAAUGCCUGUGAAAAUGGAGAGUGCAUUAAUACUGACGGCUCAUACAGGUGCGAAUGUGCUCAAGGAUAUAAACUGGACGCCACAGGAAAGAAGUGUAUUGAUGAUGAUGAGUGUGUCUUUGGUAAUGUUUGCGGCAAUGGCACCUGCAGUAACACAAUCGGCGGUUUUGAGUGCCAGUGUGGAGAAGGUUUCACCCCAGGCCCAAUGCAAACCUGCGAGGACGUAAACGAGUGUGUCGAAUCUGAAGGCCACGAGUGCGCCUUCCGGUGCCACAACACGCCAGGUUCCUUCAGGUGCCUUUGUCCAUUUGGCUUCAAAUUGGCCGAGGAUGGCAGACAUUGCGAAGACAUGGACGAAUGCAACACCCCGGUUAACAACUGCAAGUACAUGUGCAAGAACCUCAUCGGAACUUACAGGUGCAUUUGUCCGCCUGGAUAUCAGCAAAUGGGACACGUGGACGACUGCAGAGACAUCAACGAGUGCGCCAUCACUCCUGGGCUGUGCCAAAAUGGGUACUGCAUUAACGACGAGGGUGGUUACCACUGCGAGUGCUACAAUGGAUUCAAGCCUAGUCCUGACGGAAAAUCAUGCCAGGACCACCGAAGUGGAGCCUGUUAUCGCCAAUUAACAAACGGCAGGUGCGCGUUUAACGAGAGCCUUCCUCAGGUAACUAGGUCUGCCUGCUGCUGCACCAUGGGCGUUGCGUGGGGCCCUGCCUGCCAACCGUGUCCAAUCGUCGGCUCAGACGAGUACAGACAGCUGUGCACAGAGAGUGGUUUCCAUCCGGAUGGCUCGGACAUUGACGAGUGCAGCACCUUGCCUGGUUUGUGCAGAAACGGGCAGUGCGUCAAUACUUUGGGCUCCUAUAGAUGCAUUUGUAACAAAGGCUACAAACUGGACGGUUCAUCCAACACCAGAUGCGUUGAUGUGAAUGAAUGUGACAACAGUCCUUGCAAGUACUCCUGCCAAAACACUGAAGGCAGCUACAUUUGCUCAUGCGCCCCUGGCUACGUUUUGAACCCUGAUGGUGUGAGCUGCAGAGAUCUUGACGAGUGCACCACAGGCAGACAUAUUUGCCAGCACGAGUGCGUCAACACCCCAGGAAGUUAUGACUGCACCUGCAGAAAGGGUUACAGGCAGAAAGGAGACAGAUGUUUGGAUAUUGAUGAAUGUGCUGAGCCAGGCGUAUGUCCACCACCAGGCACCUGCAUCAACACCAUGGGCAGUUUCCGUUGCAUCUGUCCGAAAGGUCUGAAGAUCGAUCCAAGUGGAAAGUUCUGCGGAGACACUGAUGAAUGCGCCAAAGACCCCUCAAAGUGCCAACAUGGAUGUCAAAAUCUGUUUGGCAACUACCAGUGUGGCUGUCCCGACGGAUACCUGCAGAACGCCCUUCACAAGCAGUGCGUUGACGAGAAUGAGUGCCAACGAAACCCGUGCAGUCCUGGCACCACUUGUAUCAACACGGUCGGCUCAUACCGCUGUGGCUGCCCAGACAGCUACCAACUCGACCCGAACUUAUCCAUCUGCAUCCAGAUGGCCGCUGGAUGCAUCAACAGUCCUUGCGCCUUUGGUUGUCAGGCAACUAGUGGAAACCAAUAUGGGUGCAGUUGUCCAUCGGGUUAUUAUAGAAUUGGACAAGGCCACUGUAUGACAACAAUAAACCCUCCGUCCCACAAUUUCCCAACAUCUCCAGCAUUCAACCCUGGCGGCCCAGACUUUGGAAACAUUCCAAUUUACCCAAUAGAUGUGCCAGAACCAUAUGUUGAUCAAAACUCAAACUCCAGGGUCAUUUCCACAGAAGGCUGCUUCUCCUGCAAUCUAAAUGGAGGAUUGAAUGGCAAGGGUGGCGGAAGCAGACACAGGAGGUCAGGCAAGCACAAAGCUAACUCAACCCAUCACGUUGGCCAUGACGGACGACGGACGUGGACAAAACACAUAAUUAGAAAAAGAAGCGUCCACAUGUUCAAGCUGGCGGAGCACCUGGCCACUGACCAGCAGGUGUUCCUCAAACUGAGUCUUUCACAAACCAAACACAGGAUGCGAAUCCUGAAGCUCCAAACAGCCGUUACACAUUCAAAGCGUUACAUCAAGUACCACAUAAUCAAGGGCAAUGACCAGGGCCUGUUCGAAAUGGUGCCGAGGCACGGCGUGUGGGCGCUGCACUUCAAGCGGAAGUUGCGGAAGCCCGGGGUGUUUGACCUGGAGAUCCAGGGCAACCACCACACCUCUGCACACCCCAACAGUGCCCUCUCCAAGUGGGAGAAGCCGUUGGAACUGAGGGUGCGCCUGGUGGUAACCUCCCCUUGAAAGAAAGACUCACUGCCGCCUUUGCGACUCCAGCCAAGGCCCCCAGGAUGAGACCAAUCUAGUUUUUGUAUUGUUUCACACUGUACACACUCACAAACGCCUUCGAGAGGAUCAAUUUUUGGCAUUUGUGGUUUUUUUUAAUGCUGCCCUAUUCUCAGAAGUCAGAAGUUCACAAUUUUUUAUUUUAAUUUUGUUGUGCAAAGCCACACUUCGCUGAAACUUGUUGAUCCUCGAAGGAGCUGCUAGAUGGAAAGAAAGAAAGAAGAUGUGCCACUUUUAUUACUCUCUGUGUUCCCAGUACUUAAAGUAUUAAGUUGACGUCUUUUUAAGAGUAAUAAUUAGAACUAAAUGAAAAUUAAUAAUUGUAUUAGUCUUAAUUUUAGAGCUUAUUUUGAAACUGUUGAAUCAAGAAUUGUAAGAGAGGAGGUUCAGUAAUUUAAUUUAGGCUAAGGAACUUGUAUAUUUGUACUUUUAGUUAACGUCAAAAAUUUUAAUUUAGGACUUGAUCACUUUCACAAACUUAAGUGAUUGUCAAAAUUAAAAUGUGCUUGCCUUAGUAGAACUUUUCCAAAAUGUAGAACGAUUGCAUUUAAAUAAAUUUAAGAACUCAUUGUUUAGUUUGCUUUUUUAUUGUCCUCGGAGGAACCUGGCAAUUUUCAGCUCUAUUUAAUGCUGCUGACAAACCUUGCCUUCAUAUACAGGUUA